AUGUCAAGCCUGAAUGCAGUCGGCGAUGACUUGUGCAUUGCAUUCCCUUACGCACUUAAACCCAGCCCAAAAUACAAGCGUUCCAUCACCACCAUGCGCAUCCAACAGGAAUCCCCGAAUAAUGAGUCAACCCGACCACCAGUCCGUGUCCCGAAUGCGCCAACCAGCGGCUCGCAGCAAAUCGCAGCCCAGAGUCCAUCGCCCCAACGGACUCUCGUAGAUCGAAACUUCCCCCGUGACGCAGGGUCGCCCUGGCCCUUGAACAAGUUUAGUUGA